AUGUGUAAGGCUAAAGUUGUUAACUAAUUGGUAUAUUAAUUCAAGUCAAAAUUGAAGAAGCUAAAUAAGAUAAUUUAUUUGAUUAAGCUGAGUCAUAUUUAAAAUAUAAAAAAUAUUGUAAUCUCAGAAAGUUGGAACUCAACUCAAUUUUUCUUUUUCAUCCUGUUGAAGUACAAAAAUGAAACUAUAAAAUUUUCCAUUUUGCUUAAAUUAAAUUUAAAAUAGAGAUCACUUGAAAAGGAUAAAUAUAAAUUCAAUGUUUAUGAUCUAUCUAUCUAUUUAUAAUUUGUGAGAAUAAUUCAAGAAGUGGUUUAAGAAAUUAAAAAGAAUUUUAGCCAUAGAAGUAUGCGAUCAAAGGAGAAUGAAAACUUAUUACAAUUUAUUUUUAUAUACAAAGGGAAUAGAAUUUAGUAUAUUUAGAUAAAGUAAUAGGGGAAAAGAAUAACAAUCAAACAAACAAACAAAUAAAAAACAAUAAAUAAAUAAAUUAUUUAGUUAAUUAAUUAAUUGUAUGUAUAUAUGCAUGCAGUACUAUCAUAAUAGAUAGAAGGAAUAAAUAAAUUGGUUAAUGAACAAUAAAUAAAUAACACAGAAUUGAAACAUUAUGAAUAUUUUAUAAAAAGUUAAAGCAGAUUUACUAUUUUAACAAUAAGUAAUUAAAUCAGUCUAAAUGCAAAUAAAAAGAGUUAAGGAAGAAUUAUUAAUAUUUAAAUAGAAAAAGAGGUAAAUCAAAUAAAAAAAAGAAGAAGACAAAGAAAUAAAAAAAAGCAGAAAAUAAAUAUAACAAACAAGUAUUAAAAACUGCCCUUUUGA